CGCGGGGCUGUCGGCUAGGCGGGCGGUGCCCGGACGCAGGUGCUGGCCGCAGCGGAGCGAAGGGCUCUGACAGGCCAGGCCGGGCCGGGACCCCGGCUAGGGAGAACCUAGGGGCCUGCGUGGGCGCCCGGCCCGGCCGCGGAGCAGGCUCCAGCGACCAUGGGCCUGAGGCCCUGAGGACCAUGACGACAGGUGAUUGCUGCCACCUCCCAGGAUCCCUAUGUGACUGUUCUGGUAGCCCCGCCUUCUCCAAGGUUGUGGAGUCUACAGGCCUUGGGCCACCCCAGUAUGUAGCACAGGUGACUUCAAGAGAUGGUCGACUGCUCUCAACUGUCAUCCGAGCCUUGGAUACACCAAGUGACUGUCCCUUCUGCCGGAUCUGCCAUGAGGGAGCCAAUGGGGAGAGCUUGCUGUCGCCCUGUGGCUGCACUGGCACACUGGGAGCUGUGCACAAGAGCUGCCUGGAGAAAUGGCUUUCCUCUUCCAACACCAGCUACUGUGAGCUGUGCCACACUGAGUUUGCAGUGGAAAAGCGGCCUAGGCCUCUCACAGAGUGGCUGAAGGACCCUGGGCCCCGAACAGAGAAACGGACCUUGUGCUGUGACAUGGUAUGCUUCCUGUUCAUCACACCACUGGCUGCCAUCUCAGGCUGGCUGUGCCUGCGUGGAGCCCAGGACCACCUACGCCUCCAUAGCCAGCUGGAGGCUGUGGGGCUCAUAGCUCUCACCAUCGCCCUGUUCACCAUCUAUAUCCUCUGGACUCUGGACUGCCCCCGCAGGUCUCUUUCCGCUACCAUUGCCAGCUGUACUCUGAGUGGAGAAAGACCAAUCAGAAAGUUCGCCUGAAGAUCCGGGAAACAGAUGGCUAUGGGGACCCCCACCAUUCCCCUCUGGCUGCUGGACUCUUGAAAAAGGUGACAGAGGAGACGCCUGUGUGAGAGCCAGGCUGGCAGGGCAUCAUUGAUGAUUCAGAGGCCAGAGCCUAUUGAUAAUGGCUCUUGGAAGGACAAAAGGCAACUGCCUUUCCUCGAUAUUUCUCAGGCCAAGAGCUUCACCAAGCCAGAGCCUGCUCUCUGAUUCUGUGUCAAUAUAUUUUCAAUGUUUUUGUUUUGCACACUGUUUUACACAAAGACAGAUGGAUGUGGUCUUAGCUUUGGAUGGAGAGGUACCCCGAUCUCAUUGUGAGGUCUGGCACCUCCUGGGCCAGCAACUGGGGCCCGCAACUGGGUGUGACAAGGGCAACCAUUGGGCUGGAAGGUUCCAGCUAGCUUCUUGCAUUAUUCUGUACUUGGCAGGCUCGCUUUCCUGGCUCUUAACUUUACAAAGUUGCACUGCAUUUCAAAAUCUCACCCCUGAAUGAAUAAAAGGAGCCUUGCUGGAUAAA